GCCGCCGGAGGCCGCGGGUAGCUAUGGCGACGCCGUGGCGCUGGGCCGCCGCCGCCGCGCUGCUCCUGGCGAUGGCGGCGCCGCCGCCGCCCGCCCGCGGCUUCUCCCUCCCGCUUCAGCGGCCCGGCGACUGCGGCGACACCCGCUACUUCGACAUCUCCCGCCUGGCCUGCGGGCCCUGCGGGCCCCACCAGCGACAGAGCGCCGGCGGUAGUUCAUGUGUAUGUCAAACAGGAUACAGGACGGUUUCUAGUAAUGGUGGGUCCUCCAUUAUUUGUGAAAAAUGCCCAGAAAAUAAGAGCGGAGUUACUCAAGAUGGAUGGAAUUGUAUUACUUGCCCUAAAGGCCUAACUUCAGAAGGAAAAUGUAAAUGCCUCCAUAAUGAAAUAUUAGUGGAAAGAAGUAUCGAUGGCAUUUUGCUUAAUGAAGCAUUGUGCAUACUUUGUAAUGGAAGUGAGAAAUCGUUCUCUGCUUCAGAUGUAUCAGGAAAUAGGUGUGUAAGGUGUGAACAAACAUUCAUCAAUGCAAGCAAGUCUUGUGACUGCAGCAGCCCAAACAUUUUAACUGGGGGAUUGUGUUUCAGUGCUAGCGACAGCUUACCCCCAAAGGGAGUUGCAACUGUUCGUUUUGGACAGAUAGGUAUAACACUGACAUCAGCAUGGUUUCUGAAAAACCUGCAAUCCUCAGCCUCUGCCUGUUGGUUGUACUCCAAUCUAACAGCAUGCCAAGCUCUUGGAAAUAUGUGUGUAAUGAAUAUGAAUUCAUUGAGUUCUUCAAGUACUGAUGCCUGUGGUUUAUUUCAGUAUAUUUACGUCAAUACAGCAAGGCUAGGCAUUGUUCAUUCAAUAGCCUUCUGGAGGCAUAAUCUUCCAUGGCUCUAUUACGGUGAUCAACCAGGAUUAGCAUCCCAAGUGCUUGAGGCAAAUCAUUUCCCUACAGUCUUCAGUUUUAAAGGAACAGAUAAGGAUGUAAAGCUGCAAUUUAUAGCGGCCUCAUUUGAUGCAGCAGGAAACUUUCUUAAGUGGCAAAAUUUGGAAGGAGGCAUCUUACAGCUUUGUCCUGAUACCCAAACUAAAUUGAAUGCAGCUUAUGCAUUUGGAACAACUUAUGAACAAAGUUGCAAAAUUUCAGUUUCCAAGAUUUUGCUGGAUUUUCCUAAUCCAAUCUUUUAUGACCUAUUCCUUGAAUAUAAUGGUGACAACGGACAACAGAAUCUUUGGGCAGUGCCAGUUUUAAACUUGAAUCUUCAAUACAGCGAAAUGUUUGUUAAUCAAGGCAGUAAUAUGAACAACUGGCUUUUGACUCGUCGAUUUUUUUUGGUGGAUGCACUAAGUGGAAAAGAGAAUGACUUGGGAAAACUACCAAGAGUAAUUCGGAUUGCUAGCAAAAUAACAAUAAGUAUUCGUCUGGUAUCCCAUACUCAGAGAGGAAUGAUCUACCCUCCUCUAAUUACUGUUGCUUACACAGAUGUGCUUGUCCAAAACCCUGAAACCCAGAGUGUGAUGGUUUCCUUCUCAGUCAGUUAUGAAAUGAAUCAGUCAGAGGCUCAGAUUCAGACUGAUAUCGCAUUGGGUGUGUUGGGUGGGCUUGCAGUGUUAUGGUCCCUUCUCAAGACUGCAGGCUGGAAGAGGCGUACAGGAAGCUCUAUAAUUGACUUGCAGACAGUUUUCAAGUUCUUACUGUUUUAUGCUGGAGACCUUGCCAACGUUUUCUUUAUCAUCACAGUGGGCACAGGGAUUUACUGGCUUGUGUUCUUCAAAGCUCAGCAGUUUGUCUCUGUCCUGUUACCGCUUCCAUCUCAAGAGGAAGAGUUUGUUACAUACAUAGCAUGUGCAUUUAGUUUAAAGGCUUUGCAAUUCUUACAAUUGCUGGUUUCACAACUUACUAUAGAUAUUUUCUUUAUUGACUGGGAAAGACCUAAGGGCAAAGUUCUUAAAGCAGUUGAAGGUGAAGGUGUUAUUAAAAGUGCUGCUGCACCUGUGAGCAUAUGGAGGACAUAUUUUAUAGCAAAUGAAUGGAAUGAAAUUCAGACAGUGAGGAAGAUAAAUCCCCUCUUUCAAGUGCUUGCCGUUCUUUUUUUUCUGGAGGUGGUGGGAUUUUCAAACCUGGCUUUAAUGGACUCUUCUUCCAGUCUUUCAAGAAGCAGUGAGGGUUACAUAGCUCCUUGGAGCCGCAUUUUAAGAUUUGGUGUGUCUGCUGCACUCUGGCUAGCCAUUGCCUUCUUACAGAUUAUAUUUUUUUCUGUGAUUUAUGAAAGAUUUGUUGAAGAUAAGAUAAGCCAAUUUGUUGAUUUGUGCUGCAUGAGCAAUAUUUCAGUGUUUCUCUUGUCACACAGCUGCUUUGGUUAUUAUAUCCAUGGUCGCUCUGUGCAUGGACAUGCAGAUACCAAUAUGGAAGAAAUGAAUAUGAACCUAAAGAGAGAAGCAGAAAACCUAUGUAGUCAGAGAGGUUUGUUACCAAACACAGAUGGCCAGACAUUUCAGAUUUCCAUUUCAAGAAAAAUGCGACUUCACUAUGACAGGAUUCAUGAAAGCCUAACAAGAAAACGUGGUCCUGCUAGGCUUUUGGACUCAUCUGCAAAUACUUUUGAACAAAGCACGAGGGCAUACAACACCAUGAACAAAUUUCUCAGUUCUUUUAUUGAUCACGUUCAUAAAGAAAUGGAUUAUAUUGUUAAAGAUAAGUUGCUGCUUGAGCGGAUUCUUGGCAUGGAGUUCAUGGAACCAAUGGAGAAAAGUAUUUUUUAUAAUGAUGAAGGACACUCUUUCAGUGAUGUUCUCUAUUACGGCAAUGAGACAACGCUGCUCAUCUUCGAUAUCCUGUUUUUCUCCAUUGUGGAUCUGGCUUCCCAAAGUUUUGUUUUAGCAGCUAUUCUAACAUAUUUGCAACAAGAGAUAUUUAGGUUUAUUCGUAAUACACUUGGGCAGAAGAAUUUGGCAUCCAAGACCUUGGUGGAUGAAAGAUUUCUCAUUUAAUUAAGAAGAUGAAAAACUUUGUUGAGGAGUUAAUCAUGGAAAUUAUGUCCAAGAUCAAAGACCUGCAGAUUAAUUGUAGUGCACUUUUUGAUAAUAAUAAUGUAAUGGUUUUGAAAUGUAUCAUUUUUUAUAUUAUGUACUAUUAAGCUUUAUUUUUGUAUAUUUACAAAUCUUUUUUAAAUUUGUGAACACUAAGCCAUAGGCCCUUAAAAGGAAAGGUACGUGAAAAUAAGACAGAAGUAAACUUACUGUUGUUAUUAUUAGAAUAAGAUCAAAAUUAUUUAAUGGCUUUUGGUAAGAUAUGGACCUCCCACUUUGAGGCAAUAAUUUGAGAGUUCCAGUUGGCAGCAGAGGUUGCCAACUCUUUAAGUUUUCUGAUAAUUCCUUAAAUCUUUUUUCUUUAUUUUUUCAAUUUAUUUUGAGGUAUAAUGUUUAGCAAAAAUAUUUCCAGUUCUACACAGCACAUGAUUUGUUCUCAAUUAAGUUAAUAUUUCAGGAGGGCUUUUUAAAGAUCACUUAUUUACAGCGACUAUAACUUGAAAUUUUAACUGUUCUUUAUUGUGUCAUAGCAUUGUAUGGUUUUGUGUCUUCUCUUGGAGUUUAUUGUUGUUUUUCUUGGGUGUGGACUACACAUGACUAAGUUUCCUUGUGUUUGAGAUACAGUAGUGUUACAGCGAUGCAGAAAAACAGGCUGGUUAUGAUAGAGCAGGGGAGAUGGUGAUAGGCAUUUGGGGUUUGUUCCUGAUCUUUGGUCAGCUGAUGCGAGAUGCCCAGCGAAAUACAGUAAUUCUUCACUGCUGUUUCCACACGAGUGAAAUAGAAGCAAUUGUUCUUAUUCUUUUAGAAGUGUUUUCACAGGUGCCUAUAUAUGCUCAGGUACCUCCGUCUCUCUUAAUUUUCUGGCUUUAUUAUCUUUAGAUAUAACGCAGAGACCAUAAUCACUUUAUCGUCAUCAUAUUUUUGGAAUUUAGACAAGUUAAUAAUUAUUCAAGUGCCACUUAUUAAGUGUUAUGGGAGAUUACAAAUGGCCUUCAAAACACCUUAAAGUGAGGUGCCUACCUCCCAUUUGUAUCUCUGAAAAGUCUCCCUACCUUUUUAAAACUGUACUUUUCAGUAAAUGGUUAAACAUGAAUAGUGUUUGCUGUUUUUAUAGCUGUUACUCGUCUUUAGAUGAUUCAACAAGGGACUUUAACCAGCAAAACCACCAUAAAAAUGUAAGUUGAGGUUAUCAUGCUUAUUCCGAAACAGAGACUGAGGACAUGAUUAGUUGGACCUAGCAGAUUUCCAAUGCGGACAUGCUUAUCUGAGCUGAAGCAGCACUGAAUUUCAGGUGUUUCUUGCUUCAUAAAGAGGAACAUGUUGUCUUGUUGAUACCAUAUCAUAUCAUAUUAUGAAGCUUACAGUAAAAUGGACGUAAAUCUCAGGGUCACUGUUGCUCUAAUGCAUUUGCUUUUGGUGCUGCAAAAGCCAUGUAGCUUGCUAGUCCAAAAUAGUUGCUAUUAACUGAUAGGCUGUGUCUGCCAGUGAGGCUGUAACAAGGCAGAUAGAUAACUGAAGAGUUGAUUUUCAGCAAGAAAAUCAUUUAUUAACAUGCAGUUUAGCGUGGGCAUUUCCAUGUCAUGCUUUCCUUACUUUUGUCUGCUUAUGUGCACAAUUCUUAGUUUGUUGGUGCACGCUAUGCCUCAAAAAAGGUGUGAAUACAAAGCUUCCAACAGAGUGAAAUGUCCACGAUAAAUAAAAUUAAGGUUGUUGCCUGUGUAGUGAAUGUAGUCAUUAAAGUGUACAUUAGGUUCUGGAUCUGUUAAAACAGCCAAAAUUCAUAUUUCUACUGAGUACCAUGACGGUAUGUCUUCAUUAGUUGUGAGGUUUCUGUCAUAUUUCUUGUCUGUGAUCUACUGGGUGCCAAAACUUUAAACUAAGCAAAGGACCCAUCUGAAAAAGGGUCUGCAGUAGGACAUUUGCAAGGCAACAUCAGGCUCACGUGAUGUCCGUGUAUUUCUUUGGUUGACGUCUUUGCAUAGCUUAGCUAAACUUAAUUAAACCUCCCAAAUCUUACAAGUCCCACUGAAAUGUCAGUGUGCAGGAGGAAAUAUAAGCUUUCUCAUGUGACCAUAUUUAUUCAAGAUGACUGAUGUGACUGAAGGGGUGUAGGAAGUUGCUGCGGUCCAUGAAUGAGAAAGUAUGACCCGAAUGAAUUACCCAAAUACAGGUCUGUUCUGACUGCCGUUUUCCAGCAAUAGUGCUGUGCAUCAUUGUCAACGGUAACAGGCACAAGCUUUUCCUCUCUGUGAAUUCUGUUGAUGUGUUCAUAGUCGUGAAGUUAUUCUAGGGAACGGAACCGCACUUCAAACAUACCUUCUCCAGAAUAGGCUGGUUUAUGAUCAACUUCAGUCAGAAUAACUAAAACAUAGUAACCAGACCCAAGUAGACCAGGGAAUGUCAGCAAGAAAAAUGAAGAUGCGAUUGUGCCAUCUGUAGACACAGACGUGUAGUUUUUAGUUAGUCUGGUACCAGCAGAAAUGGAGAGGUUUCCGCAUGGGGGCUCGCACUCUGUACCCUGUUCUCAAUGCUUUUGCUAACCAGGUACACCUUUCCGUGCAAAAAUCGUGCUUUGUGAUUGCUUUAGAUGUGCCUUUAAUUAUCUGCUGCUCAGAACAUCAUGUGAAAGCAUUAAUGACCCUGCACUUUGCAGGAACUACUGUUAAAGGCAACCGUUGUUACAGAUAAAUGACAAAUUAAUCUAAAAAUGUCCUGUCAAAACAGUUCAGUCACUUGUCCCCCUCUUUCUCCUCAGUGCACACACUACUCUGUUGUGUUUUAUUUUUCCAGGUCAUUUAUCUAAAAUGUUAAUAUGGCUAACAUAGGCACUGUAAAUGAUUUAGGAAAUAAUUACAGGAGUCAAAAGCUCCAGGAAUUCAUAGAAGCUUUUCUUCAUUCUUGCUGUCCAAUGAACACUUGAAACAGGUUGACUGCGCUUUGUUCUCCUAUUGCUUGAUAUUUGUUCAAGAAAUAGCUCUUGUGACUGUAGUUCCAACUGAAUGUUUUUCCUUUUUUAAAAUUAAUAUGCAGCUACAAUGUGUUGUUCAUGUGAUGAGCGUCCUUCGAGUUUCAAAAUGUUGUACUCACGUAGCAUUUCAAAGUCUCAUAUCUGUCCCGCUGAGCAAUAAAAAAUUGUCGAGGAUUGGAGAAGGUUUUUUUACACUCAUUAAAUCAGUUGACCAAAGCCUACAACGCGCUUUUCCUUCCAUGAACAUGGGAGGUUUCAGAGCAGGGCAGGAGGCUGCUGCUGGCUCUGCAGUUCCAGAGAAGCUCCGUCAGGACAAGCGUAAGAAAGGGAUUUUGCAGUCGGUGUGGCAUUGGGGGGGAUAUGGUUCUGGAU